AUGUUUCUGCAAUCUGAGGAGCCGCGGAGUGGCCUCAAGCCGCGAUCUGCAGGGGAGAGAGAGAAGGAGGCAGGCGAUGCAGAAAGUGUGGCUUCACCUACGUCCAAGGCCAAAGAAAAUGAGCCCAAGAUGAGAGUGGUUGUCCGAAAGGUGACAACUUCUGUGAAGCUCAACAACAACAUGCUGGAGUCUGUUUCCGGUCUUCCACAAACGUUGGAGUUUCGGCUUCCAAAUCCUUUGCUGAACCUGCAGUGGUUGGACCUAUCCUUCAAUCAGCUAGUGACAGUGGAAGCAGAUUUGCUCAGGUUCUACAACCUGAAGGCACUCUACAUGCACGGCAACUGCAUCACCAGGCUGUCAGCAGUGGAUCGCUUGAGGAAGUUGCCAAAGCUCAUCUCCCUUACGAUGAACGGCAAUCCCAUUGAGUCAGCAAAGAUCUACAGGGUCUAUGUGAUGGGUGCGCUUCCCUCGCUGAGGUCGCUGGACCAUUCGACCAUCACGGACGAAGAAGCGAACAAUGCAUGUGUAUGGUUUCAGGGUCAUUUGAUCAGGGUGAAAAAGAAGAAAGAAGAGAUGGCUCUGCAGGCGUUGGAUGCAUAA